AUGGUUAUUUUAUUUUCCACUUUACUGUGCCUGGUGUUCACGGGCACAUGUGGCACUGAACUUUUGCAGCGAGCUGGUGAGCAACGCUUUGGCCUUUUCACUUUCUUUUACUUCGUUAUGGUCACUUUCUCCACUGUCGGUCUUGGCCAAACCUACGUGGAACGACAGGAAGCAGGUGGCGAAUAUACCGAAAGUUGGGCCACUAAUAAGAAGCAUGUGACACUGCGUACCUGGGCACUAACUAACGAAGAAUCACUGUAUAAUCUCCGAAAAGGAUUAAACGCACAGUGGCAAAGGACCAGUUUGGAUGCAGUGACUGCAAAUAUUGGUGAUUUCUCGAUCUGUGAGCACUGCUCUUUUCGGACGGCGAGUGAAUAUCAUUGGAACAGUCCGGCAGUGAUUGUGGCAGCUGACCGGACAUGUUCUGGCCUAUACAACUUGAUUAUACCUCUACGCACUUAUCGGCCAACCGAAUCCAUCGUUCUUAGACGUGAUCGCAUGUUCCCCUCUGUCUACUGGAUGCAAGGCAAAAUAUCAAGUCUGGAUAAUCUUUUGAAAGCUGGCGUAUGUCUAGCGGACAGUGUGGUUGUUUUAAAGAAAGGUGCAACAGUGGUUGAGGAGCAUUUGGCUGACUGCACAACAAUUUUAACAGUUCAGAAAAUACACAGAAUGUUUCCAAGACUGCGGAUCAUCACAGAGCUUACUCACGCUAGCAAUAUGCGCUUCAUGCAGGUCGAUGCCGAUGAUCAGUACGCUCUUCAGCAGUCUAAAUAUGAAAAGGUAAAUUUUGGCGUUUCUUUAACGAAUACUUCUAGCCACAGAUCUCUUCGUAAUUUUUCACUCUAA